CUUCCGCCUGUUACGGCGAGCGUUCCUCUGUCCGCUGGAGUCUGAGCUGGCGCYGGGCUCCGGUUGCUUGGUGACAUGUUGCAAAAGCCAAGGAGUCGGGGUCGCUUUAGUUCCCCGGCGGAGAAAGACAGGGAUUCGGGCCGCGGCGGAGACGUCCGGGCCCACAGAGGCGGCGUCUCGGAGGAGACCCCGAGCACUUCCCGUGGCCCGGCGGGCUCUCAAGAGACCCAAGGCUCUUCCUCUCAGGGCUCUCGCCGGUCCCAGGCCGCCCCCACUGUGGGGCCUCGGACCCAGAAGCAACUGGAGCUGAAGGUGGCGGAGCUGGUGCAGUUCUUGCUGAUUAAGGACCAGAAGAAGAUUCCUAUCAAGCGGACCGACAUACUGAAGCAUGUCAUCGGGGACUACAAGGACAUCUUCCCGGACCUCCUCAAACUGGCUGCGGAGCGCCUCCAGUACGUCUUCGGGUACAAGCUAGUGGAACUUGAGCCCAAGAGUAACACCUACAUCCUGAUCAACACCCUGGAACCAGUGGAGGAGGAUGCCGAGGUGAGAGGCGAUCAGGGCACACCCACUACGGGCCUACUGAUGAUUGUUUUAGGGCUCAUCUUUAUGAAGGGCAACACAAUCAAGGAGACCGAGGUCUGGGACUUUCUGCGUCGGUUGGGGGUGUACCCCACUAAGAAGCAUUUAAUCUUUGGGGAUCCAAAGAAACUCAUUACCGAGGACUUUGUUCGACAACGUUACUUGGAGUACCGGCGCAUACCCCAUACGGAUCCGGUAGACUACGAAUUCCAGUGGGGCCCGCGAACCAACCUGGAAACCAGCAAGAUGAAAGUUCUUAAGUUUGUGGCCAAAGUUCAUAAUCAAGACCCCAAGGACUGGCCAGCGCAGUACUGUGAGGCUUUGGCAGAUGAAGAGAAUAGAGCUAGACCUGAGCCUAGUGGUCCAACCCCAUCCUCUUGAAAUCAGGGAUGGAUUCAGAGAGACUCCCAGGACAAGGGUCUGUGACCCAAAGGCACAAUACUGAAAGAAUAAGGGAAGGGGGUUUGGAAGGAGAAUGUUUCUGCAACGCUUGAAUGUAUGUAGCUUUAGGAUGUGUUGCAAAGGUUUGUUCCUUUAGUGUUAGUACAGUUCCCAAUUUUCAUUUAAAACACAGAAUCAUUUUUGUUUGUUUUAAUGUCAUAUUUUUGGUGUGAAAAGUUUGCUAACUUUGUAAAACUUUUGGGAAACUGUACUGUGUUCUAAAACAGUUAUUUAAGAAGAAAGAACACAAGUAAAUUGUUUUGAUUCCCCCCCCCCAAGGAGUUAUUAUCUGGUUUCUGAACUACCCUAGU